AAACAUAAAGUGGAAAGGCCCCAUGAACAUUAUUAAGGAUGUCAAAUUUGCCGAUUGAAAAUUUCUUUAAAUAGAAGAAAACGUAAACAAAGAGAAAAAAUUUAUAUUCUUGUUGUUGUUGUAGCAUUGUGUUGUACACUUAGAAGGCAGCCCUUGCCGAUGAAAGACUCCAUCGGGCCAAUUCAGUAUCUGGAUUAAUAUGUCUUGGUAAUGACUUUACCUUAUAUACAUUUGCCUUGCAUACUGCCUAUAAAACGAACACCAAUUCAACUGAUGACAGAACAGUUUGCAAAUAGUUGGGUAACUCUAAUCGCUGAGCAAAGCAAAAAUAUUUUGGUUGUAUCAAAUUGCCAUUCGGAAUAUAGUUGCAGUAUAUCUUAACGGCGGAUUCCUUAGCAAAGAGCGGACAUUACCCAACUUCUGACGUUCUACAUCGCACCGUAUUUUUUAACUUUCCUGCUUGAGAUAAUGUCGGACGAAGAAUCUUUUGUAAUUUUGGGUACUUCACCGCUCUCCUCCUUGGAACAUGAUGGUGAUCGAGUUGAUUCUGCAUUGGAUGCCAGCUUGCAUUCAGACACACCAGGAAGUUGUUUCUCCUCAUUGAAGAACAGUCAAAUAAAGGAAUUGAAAAAUGCCAGUAAUAAUGGCGAUAAAACACCAACAACUUCGUUGACAGCCUUAAAAGAGACGGCCUCAUCGGACACAACAUCAUCAUCUAUGACAGCUUCCAAAGAAUCGAGUAAAAGCAUUGUCAAUACAAAGGUCACAUCAUCUAUGUCCACUGCUGCUGCAAUGCAACGAUCAGCUGAUAGCAUUUUGUGGUCGAAACCUCAAGUUGAAGUUCAGGAUGAUUUGCUACCACUUAAUUUGGAGGAUUGUGCCAUACCCUCUCCUGUGGAGCAAAGUCCCAAGACAUCUAUGCACUCUAGACCACCACCAUCCCCUCUAAAUAUGUCUCUAAGUUACAGUUCUAACAAAGAGAAUCGUCAACCUCUGCUAAGCAAUAGCAACAAUGCCAAUAGUGGCAAAGCUGGUCAGGCAACGCUAUCAGCUUCUUCAUCGAACAAUAAUAGUUUAGCCAGCAGUUUCAUAAUGGGAGAAGUCAAUGCUGACAUUUUAAAGUCUAGUGUCUAUUCACAAUUUCCCAGUAUUUCCAUGCAGGCCAGUGCCGAAGACGUUGUCAAACUGCAGACCAUGUUCACCGAGUAUGUGCAAUUGAAAACUACCUUGGAGAAAGUUAAUAAUACCAUGAAAUUAUUCUAUACCAAUUCUUUGGAAUGGAAGGAAAAAAUGAAUACUAUGGAAUCGCAUUAUAAACAACAAUUAAACGUUUGCCAAAAUCAAAUUGAAGCACUACGCACCGAAAAUCUUCAGCUUAGGAAAAGCAUUGAAGAGCAAGUGGAACAAACCAAAGCUGUUGAUUUGGCAAGACAAAAGGAUCGCGAUGAUAUGAUAAGAACCAUAUCAGAGAAGACAUCUUUAAUUGAGAACAUGAGGGCCCAAAUUGUUAAAUUGGAAAAGCAAACUACGACUACAUUUGAAUUUUUGCCAAAGCAAAAAACCGAUGAAACCGAGAACAAUUUUGACGAAAUCUACAUUUCACGAGGUGAACACGAUAUAGUUGUGAAAGACCUAAACCGACAACUUUCAGAACUAUUAGCUACCAAUUUGGAUGUAAAGGAUAUGGAAAAACAAUAUAUUGACGAAUUGAAUUGCCUUAAGGUCAAUUUAACUGCUGCCGAGGAAUUAAUACAACAAAGCAAGGCAGAAAUAGCCACACUUAAGGCUUUGGAUAUAAGCCAUCAGAACAGAAUUCAAGAGCUGGAGAGAUGUAAUAAACUGCUCGCUACCGAAAGCACCAUACAAAACGAACGCAUUAUACUAUUGGAGCAACAAAACGAAGUCCAUCGCAGAGAUUUCGAAAUGGAAAGACAAGGUCGUGAAACGAUUGUGGGAGAGAAACAACAAAUUCUCACGGAUCUAAGGGCAUUGCAGAAACGCAAUCAGGAGCUGCUGGAAGAACGUCAAAAGCUGGUGGACAACUAUGAACGCAGGGUAACACAAGUUUCGGCGUUAAACGGAGGUGGCUCAACACAAGCCUUGGUGGCCGCCGCCGCUGCAGCCCAAACUUAUCUAAACAAUCCCCAAAGACCAAUAAGAGAACUAACACCCAAUUCUGGCAAUGUUCAGUCGAAAGAAGCCUAUAAUUGUCCCAUAUGCAACAAAACUUUCCAAUCAUUAUCGGUUUUGCAAAGUCAUGUUAAUGAUUGUAUAGACAGAAAUUAGAAAUUUAAGUGAAACUUAUAUAAACUACUAUUAACAUUAGAAUUAGUCCAUGAAAAUAUAUAUAUACAUUUCAACAAUAGAAUGAUAGAUUUAUGUAAGAAAA